UCCCACGGGUUUACGUCGAUCUCCCUGACGUCAGUGCGGGAGGAGGUUGCGCCAUUUUGAAAGUGUAAGGAGAGAGGGGAAUAUAUCACUGGAAUAGAGAGGGAGAGUGACUGGGAGAGUAACGAGUGAGAAAGAGUGAGAAGAAGGCAGGCAGACUCAGAGCCCCGUACUUCUAAGCUUAACGUUCCGCCUCCAUCCUAAGCGAGAGUCCGCUUGCACACACCCAAGCCCGGCAAAAUUGACAAGACCAGGGCCCAAACCCGCGACAGAGAUUCCCUCUCACCAUGGCAGGAGCCGGAGGUGGGAGCAAUGAUGUGCAGUGGUGCUUCUCUCAGGUGAAAGGGGCCAUUGACGACGAUGUGGCCGAAGCCGACAUCAUCUCUACAGUGGAGUUCAAUCACUCUGGGGAGCUGCUAGCCACAGGGGACAAGGGUGGCCGUGUCGUCAUCUUCCAGCAGGAGCUAGAGAACAAGUGCCAGCCGCAGAGCCGGGGCGAAUACAACGUUUACAGCACCUUCCAGAGCCACGAGCCAGAGUUUGACUACCUGAAGAGCUUGGAGAUCGAGGAAAAGAUCAACAAAAUCCGCUGGCUGCCCCAGAAGAACGCCGCACAGUUCCUGUUGUCCACAAAUGAUAAGACUAUCAAGCUGUGGAAGAUCAGCGAACGUGACAAGCGACCAGAGGGCUAUAACCUGAAAGAGGAGGAUGGAAGCUACAGAGACCCCAACACCGUCACAACACUAAGGGUGCCUGUGUUCCGGCCCAUGGACCUUAUGGUGGAAGCCAGCCCCCGGCGAGUGUUCGCCAACGCCCACACCUACCACAUCAACUCUAUCUCAGUCAACAGUGACUACGAGACCUACCUCUCCGCUGACGACCUUCGCAUUAACCUCUGGCACCUGGAGAUCACUGACCGCAGCUUCAACAUUGUGGACAUCAAACCCGCCAACAUGGAGGAGCUGACGGAGGUGAUCACGGCCUCAGAGUUCCACCCCAACCAGUGCAACACCUUCGUCUACAGCAGCAGCAAGGGCACUAUCCGCCUGUGCGACAUGAGGGCUUCAGCACUGUGCGACAAGCACUCCAAGCUGUUCGAGGAGCCGGAGGACCCGAGCAACCGCUCCUUCUUCUCCGAGAUCAUCUCCUCCAUCUCUGACGUCAAGUUCAGCCAUAACGGCCGCUACAUGAUGACCCGGGACUACCUGUCCAUCAAAAUCUGGGACCUUAACAUGGAGACGCGGCCAGUGGAGACCUACCAGGUCCACGAGUACCUCAGGAGCAAGCUGUGCUCGCUCUACGAGAACGACUGCAUCUUCGACAAGUUCGAGUGCUGCUGGAACGGAAACGACAGCGUGGUGAUGACCGGCUCCUACAACAACUUCUUCCGGAUGUUCGACCGGGGCCAGCAGCGGGACGUGACCCUGGAGGCGUCCCGCGAGAGCAGCAAGCCGCGCUCGGUGCUCAAGCCCCGCAAGGUGUGCGCCGGCGGCAAGCGCAAGAAGGACGAGAUCAGCGUCGACAGCCUGGACUUUAACAAGAAGAUCCUGCACACGGCCUGGCACCCCCAGGAGAACAUCAUCGCCGUGGCCACCACCAACAACCUGUACAUAUUCCAGGACAAACUGAACUAGACCUCAGUCUGACGAAAGGCCCUUCCCUCACCCCCACCCCCACCCCCUCCUCCCCUUUCCCACAGUCUCCAUACACGUUCCUCAGCCACACAUGCACCAACGCCAGCUCUAGUUUUAAUUGCGCUCUUUACUUUCCUGUUCCACUGGCUCCCGCCCCCAACCCACUUUAACCCCUCCCCCCACCUUUCCUGUCACACGCACACAUGCACGCACGCACACACACACGCACGCACACACACACACACACAAACCGUUUUCUCUUGUCCCAGCCCAAAGAGAGCACUGAGAGCCUUUUUUAUAAACACCAUUGCAGUCAUCCGUCAGUCUACUUUUUUUUUUUUUCUCCCCCGUUUCUUUUAAUGGGGUAUUGUUGUCACCUUGUUUUCUCAUGUGAUUAUUUCAUUAUGUUGUGCCAUUGCAGCUUUUUGUAUUUUGUGUACAUACACUUUUGUUUCCGAUUGGUUAGCCGAUUAGUCAAUAUUCAGUACAUUUUUUUUGUCAGCGAGGUGCUCCUCGUCGCUUUUCUAGUCUGUUGCCGAGAGGAGAGAGCUCUUUCUUGAUCGCCUUGCCAAUUGUUUUUCUGCCUCAGCCACGCACUGCACACGCACAAGCCUCUACACUUAGUCGGUGAGCCGCGUUUCUUAGGGGUUGGGGUGGGGGUGGACAGUGGGGGUUCGGGUGAUGGGAGCGGUGAACGGUUAGACAUGCCGAGCCAUCAGUCACUUGGCCGCUAAGUAAUAGCAGAGGCGUAUCUGCCCCUCCGAGGCAGUGUCGCGCGGUCCUAACUGUCCCGGGUUAUCUGGAGAUGGGCGUGCGGUCUUUAACACCCAGGCCCAUGUUGAAGGAGCGGCCCUUCCCGCGUAGACGAGGCACAGUGCCAGCGCUAAUGCUAAUGCUAAUCAGCACCCCAGGCCUGUGCGGGUGCCUGUGGUUCAGGAAAUGGGAUUGCCACUCCGUGUUGGGCUGUGUAUUUUCACUGAGCUGUACUUUUCUUUUCGAGGGUUAAAUGGAAAAAGGCUAAAGGCUUUGAAAGAUUAUAUUUAUGAAUUGUACAAAUCUCUCUAGAAUAUUUUAGUGAUUUUUUUUCAUAGUUUUUUUUUUUUUUUUAAAUCACUUCAUUGUUUGUACAGGAGUUAAAAGAAUGAUCACUAUAGUUUAUUUUUGUAUGAAUAAGGCACAGAAUUACCCACAGUGCUCUUCACUGCACCGUCUAGUCUAACUACUGUUUUGUAAGUCACGGCAGUUCCAUGAGAUUUUUUUUUUCUAGUUUAAAAGGAUUUGUUUUUGUAAUGUCUAUAUUUAGGUGUAUUUUUUUCAAAGACAAAAGCAUGGCACUACCAAAAAGCAGAGAGGAAGAAGGUGUUGCUAGUUUUUGUAUUAGGCCAGGUAACUGGUCAUACUGCAGAGGCAAGUCGCAUAUUUAAGCUUUGCAUUUAACUCGGACAUGCGUUGACCUAACUGAACUAAAGCCACCAAGUUAAGUGUUGCCCUGGUUUGGUACUGGACUGGUCUCAUUGACACCCUAUGGAUCAUUAAGCCAGAUUCUCAGGUCAUCCCAAAGCAAGUGCUUUCGGUGCCUAUAGAAGCUUUGGGGUCAAGCAGAUGUCAAUAUUUUUGUUGCGGUGAGGAAGGGUUGUCAUCCCAACCUUUGACUGGUUGCCGUUGCCAUCCUUCGCCUCCACUGCCUGAUAACGACUGGAGUUCUUUCAAGUUUACAUCAUUAACCGCUGUUACUAAAUGGUUAGUGAACUGUAAUGUGUGUGUGUGUGUAUGUCUGUGCGAGAGAUUGAGUGACUGCGAGUGGGUGGCAUCUAGUAAUUGUCGAAAUAUUAGCUUAGAGUAGAAGGAAAUGAGGUGCAGUUCAAAGGAAUGGAAAGUAUUUAGGUCCAUUGUGUCUCUCUUCUUCCGAAUUGAUGACAACUUUGGACCGGCGUCUGUCCUGAAGAGCAAUCUUUCCGUAUUGUUGAAUCAAAGACCAAAAAAAAACAAAAACAAAUUGUGCACUGAUAGUGUGACCUGAUCAUUGAUGUAGAGCUAUUUUUUUAUUUUUUGAAGGUAUUGGUUCUGUUUACAGACUGCUUGCAAAGUUCUUAUUUUUUAGAAAGCUUUGAAGCUUAGUAAAAACCUUGGACUUUGUCUUUGGCACAUAGUAUCUCAGACGACUGGAUAUCCAUUUCCCUCCCCAGAUCCUCUUUUGGUGUGAAAUUUUACCACUAACUUGGAUGUCGGGGACAGCAUUUCAGACAUUAAGUAGUGUUUGAGAGUAUGUACUGUAAAUGUGUGUAAUUAACAAAUAUGGAUUUUUUCACAAUAGUUAUGGAAUAUCAGUGUACAUUUUGUAUGCGUGUCUUAAAAUACAUUUGGCAUUUGUUUUUGUUUUCUUGACAAUAACGGUUUGAGAUCAGUCCAGAUGUUUGUAUUUUCUCAUUACAAUGGAUUACAGUACAGACUCUGGAUUUGUUAUGGGCCAUUAAAUCAUGACUGUGAUGAGAUGGAAAGGUUAAAUGUAUGCCCUCUGAUAACUGAAAAUUCAAUUGAUAUGAAAUUGAAGCAUGGGAACGGCACUUUCUGCUUGCUUAUGCUGUUACUGUAUUUGUCCGGAAAAUUCAGUUUCAGCUUUUGGACAACCUGUGAAAUGUCUGUACAUGCACCGAAAGUGGAUGUUUGAACUGUAAGUCCUAUGUGGACGUUCCAUUAAAACAGCAAUUUAGGGUGGGGGAGAGGGCCUCAUUUAGUAAAUGGUGAUCUAGGUUUGGCACAGGAAAAAACUGCACAGAUUACAUUUUGCGGGUGUUCUGCACAUGAAAAUUUUUUGGGGGAUUGUUGGACAUGGUAUCUUAAGAUUUGCCCUCUUUAUUUUUAAGCAGCUUUGACCGUCAUAAUCAACAGAUUUCUUUUGCGGCUGAGAAAGGGUAUUUACCAAAAUUACUUUAUGCUUGGUAACAUUUCUUCCUGUUUCUUUAAAAAAAAACUGCCAAUUUGUAAACCAUUUCUGUUUGAUGACUGCAGUUUACAGAUUGACAUUGCUCAGAUUUGUAGAUGGUUGAAUACACAGUGGUUUCCAACUUAAAACAUUUUGGAAAUGCACUUUUGUAUUGUGGACAUUCACAUUAAAUCUGACCAGGUGGAUUGAACCCCAGGUUAAGUGCUCUUGCAGAAGGGUUGUUGGAUGGAGUGUUUUAACACUGUCUUCCUGCAGCAUUGCCUGCCUUUGGCCUGACCAACCCUUGAUCUGUUUUCUUACUGGCAUUACAGUUUGAUAAUUCAAUUGGACUGGUUUUCAUUGGGGAAGUCGUAGGUGCCAAUACGCAUUCUGUCUCUGACGCCACCCCCGCUCCCCUUACCUUUGGGCAUCAGGGUUCAGGCGAAGCCUCAUCCUACCCCCCCCCCUCCCCCCUUCACCCCUUUCAGUGUGAUGGAGUGCAUGGGCAGUGGCAGGCCCACUCGGUCCAAACUGAAACGCCUCUGCUCCAGCUGUGGUUGGGCCCUAUGGGACGCUGGCAUCGGUAGCUCCCUUGUCCAGUCCAUGUUCUGGAGAGCAACAGUCCACUAGGGACAUUUUACUUUGUUUUAUUAGUUUUGGUUUUUGUUUUCAUGGCAUUUUGAGCCUCUUGUUUUCUUUAGUAAUGGUUUCAGUUAAGUAUGUGAGGAAACGUAAGCCCAGAGAUCAAUACUUGAACAAUUCCCACUUAGACACAACCGGCAAAUGCAACCAAGCUCACUUGCAACUCUCCAACUUGGACUAACUUUGCAGCCUCUGCACAGUUUUCAGAGGAUCCAAUGACCAGGGUUCUUGUUGAACACAGUGCAGUGGUGGUAUUUUGAACGAUUGCCUUGUUCAUGGCCAGGGAGAAGUAUUAAUUAGAUAAUCAAAUACAUUUCUACAAAACCCUCUACAGGAUGCACUUUUUUCUGUUAAUGAUACUUUUUUUUUUUUUUUUUGAGGGUUCCUUGGGGAAAAAAGGGCCCUUAAACUUUGGGUGAUCUAUGUUUCAAUAAAUAUACAGGUGUUUUAACAAGUUCACUGUAAUCUUCUGUUUGCCGUUUGGCACCCAAAAAAUAAAUGAAUAAAGAUGAAUACAGCACUGAACUACUGAAUAAAAAGGAAAUUAUAUAA